AUGAGCAAAGUCAAGUUUGUAGCAAAACAUGAAUACGAAUAUGUUGCUAACUACAAAGUGUUGCAAACAGCCUUUGACAAACAUAAAAUUGAUAAAAUCAUUCCAGUUGAACGUCUUGUUAAAUGCAAAUUUCAAGAUAAUCUUGAAUUCUUGCAAUGGAUGAAGAGGUAUUGGGAUACAUAUUACCCCGGUGGACCAUAUGAUGCUGUUCAAAGACGUAGACCUGAUGGCGGACCUGUUAAAACCGUCACUGGUCGUAUUCCAGCUUCAGGCCUACAUGAUAGCAGCCAAUCGGCCUCAAUGGUGAUUGAAUUAAAUAAACAAGUUGAAGAUCUUAAGAUUACUGUAGAUGGUCUCGAAAAAGAACGUGAUUUCUAUUUUGGAAAACUUCGUGAUAUCGAAAUCUUGGUUCAACAACGUAUCGAUAGUGAACCUGACAAUCAAUUAUUGAAAGACAUUCAAGCUAUUCUUUAUAGUACAGAGGACGGCUUUGAAGUCCCCCCUGAAGGUGCUCCACAAGAAACAGAAUAUGAUGAUGAAACCUUUUAA